GCCGGAAACAAACUCAACAAAAUCAUAUUAAACCUAACUGCCGCCGUAAACCUCUCUCGCCUUGCUCUAACCCCUUCAGCCCUAGCAAUUUUCUUAUCUCAAAAGUCGUUGGCACCCACCAAAGAGAGAGAGAGUGUGUGAAAUUUGAAUCUUGAACACCCAAAUAUGGAAAGAGGUGAAAGAGGGAGCUCAGUAAUCCCAGAAUCUGUAAUGAAUUCAGUGAAGACAACGCUAGUAAACGUUGAAAACUUGAGGACCCAUUUGCUCCAAUUCUUGUCUCUCUCUGACCCUGAUGUACUUGCUCAAAUGCCCCCUCUUCAACGCGCUCUGGCUUUCCUCUUGCUUGCCAAAGCCACUACUACUCUUUUCGCAUUGAGGUUGAGAUGCAGUGGAGUGCAUCCAGAUGACCAUCCUAUGAAAUCAGAGCUUGAGAGAUUAAGCUUGUAUCAAGACAAGUUAGAACGGUUCAUGGACUUAAGUAAAGCACCAUUGCGACCUUCAACUACCUUGAAUUCUCGGGCUGCAACUCGUUUCAUUGAGCAUUCCUUACCAGACCUGACCCCUGAGCAGAGACAAAGUAUGAGGCAAAUCAGUAAAGGAGAGGGGCCAAGUAUCAAAUAUUCAGAUAGUAGUGUUAAAAAGAAGAGAAAAUACCAAUCAUCUGAAAGGCAAUCUGUUCAAGAUGCUGCUAAAGGAUUUCUGGAGAAGGCAGCCCGUGAGCUUUUUGGUGAUAAUAAAGAUGGUCUUAAGGGACCUCUGCAGGUUGAUGCUUCAGAUGAUGACCCGCCUGUGAUCUGAUCUUCCAGUUAAUCAUGGUUUAUGGCUCAGUUAUAUCAGCUGCCAGCAGCAAGUGAACUAUGACUUGUUAGUUUACCCCUGUUAAUGAUUUGUUAAUCUGUACUGAUUGUUUCUGUCAAGCUUUCGAUGUUUGUUGUUUUUAAUGGCGAAAUCUUCCAAAUUCUUCUGUAGUUUUUAGAAUAAAUCUUGUUAUUUAUAGGCUCUUGACGAAUGAGUAAAUGAUUGCAAACUGUACCAAACCCAAUUUGAUCAGAAAUGUUCGGCAACGAAAGAUUAGCACAAGACUUGUAAUUGUAGAAAAGAUAGGACGUAAGAGAACUUUCCUAGGGAUUGAAUUAAAAUGGUAGAUCAUUACUAAUAAAUGAAUUGAUAUUGUUGUAAUUUCCCCAACACUAAUGGAUGGUAAAAUGCAAACUCUCUCAAAUGAUGCAACACAACCACAAGCAACUUCUGACCUUGCUCUCAAUGACCCUAAGCGACACUGAUGAAGUAAUGGCUCUGACUUUUCAAAAUAUAAAAAAAUGUGAGG